UCCACGGCCAGUCGCCCGUCGCUCGUGAAACGCGCGCCACGCCUGUACCCCGGUCCCGCGCGACUCUGUAACCAUGUGGUGAUGUGAGACGGACGUGAUCACUCGCACUCGACUUAGGGCUCGGUGGACAUCACGCGGACGAUCCCCAGUGAUACUGUGCUAUAAGUGUAAAAUUGUGGAUUACAUUAUAAUGGCCUUAGCUAGGCUCGCUUCAGGCAGCGAGUGCGGCGGCGGCGGAGUGGGCGGCGCGCCCGCCCCACAGUCGGCGCGGGUGACGUCCAACGCCGGCGGCAUGGCGGUCACCCGCGUGCCCAGCCCGCUGCACGACGGCAACACGCCCGUCGCCGAGAACUGGUGCUUCACACAGGUUAAGGUGGUCAAAUUUAGUUAUAUGUGGACGAUAAACAAUUUUAGUUUCUGUAGAGAAGAAAUGGGUGAAGUGCUAAAAUCAUCGACUUUCUCAGCGGGUGCUAGUGACAAAUUAAAGUGGUGUCUCCGCGUUAACCCCAAAGGGCUGGACGAGGAGAGCAAAGACUAUUUAUCGUUAUAUUUAUUGUUAGUGUCGUGUAAUAAAUCAGAAGUGCGGGCGAAGUUUAAGUUCUCAAUAUUAAAUGCCAAACGGGAGGAGACGAAGGCGAUGGAGUCGCAGCGCGCCUACAGAUUCGUGCAGGGCAAGGAUUGGGGAUUCAAGAAGUUUAUCAGAAGGGAUUUCCUAUUAGACGAAGCGAACGGUCUGCUCCCCGAGGACAAGCUGACGAUAUUCUGCGAGGUGUCCGUGGUCGCGGAUAGCAUCAACAUCAGCGGGCAGAGCAACGUGGUGCAGUUCAAGGUGCCCGAGUGCCGGCUGUCCGACGACCUAGGAGCGCUGUUUGAUAAUGAACGCUUCUCGGACGUCACGCUCGCGGUGGGGGGCAGGGAGUUCCAGGCGCACAAAGCGAUAUUAGCAGCGCGGAGUCCGGUGUUCGCGGCGAUGUUCGAGCACGAGAUGGAGGAGCGCAAGCGGAACCGCGUGGACAUCACCGACGUCGACCACGAGGUGCUGCGCGAGAUGCUGCGCUUCAUAUACACCGACCGCGCGCCCAACCUCGACAAGAUGGCCGACGACCUGCUCGCCGCCGCUGAUAAGUACGCGUUAGACCGGCUGAAGGUGAUGUGCGAGGAGGCGCUGUGCCUCAGCCUGUCGGUGGAGACGGCGGCCGACACGCUCAUCCUGGCCGACCUGCACUCCGCGGACCAGCUCAAGGCGCAGACCAUAGAUUUCAUUAACACGAGUCAUGCGACGGAUGUGAUGGACACCGCCGGGUGGAAGAACAUGAUAUCGUCGCACCCGCACCUCAUAGCCGAGGCCUUCCGCGCGCUCGCCACCCAGCAGCAGCAGAUCCCGCCCAUAGGCCCGCCGAGGAAACGCAUCAAACAGGCCUAGUGUUAAACGCGGACGCAGCCUCGAAUUUUGGGGGGGAGUCACAAGAUUUUUGGGGGGGUCACCUAUGUCGAAGCGAAAGAUGGUGGGGGGUCACGUCCCCUGUGAUACUCCCUCAGAGUAUGCCUAGAGCGACCCACCCCGCGCACAUACCAAAGACGCGCCCCCCGCGCGCCGAACGCCGCCUCCGACCCGAAAGGACACACCCACAGAGAAAGUCUAAGCACCUGAUAACUGCUUACGAGGAACUGGGAAAUGUCAAGCUGAUAAGGAACGCAGUCAACUCCGAUCGUCGGUUCGACUAAUCGAUUGCUGACAAUCAUUUCAUACUUCGUAUUUCGAGAUGCAAACUUUAAUCUUCCGCAAUGGAGAAAUCAAUUUCCGAAACUCAUUGAAACUCUUUCUUUUAACGUUGACUCUCGAAGACCGAAUGUCCUUAUAUCAUACUAUCAUCAAUUUUUGGUUGGCAUCACAAAGUGGGUUCAACAAAGGUUGUUCUGCGUUUACUUUUAUCACAGUUCUGUGCCGGCACAGAUUUGUAAAUAAAAUCAAUCAAGCUUAUACCUAACCCCGUAUAGUUUUCAAUUUCGAAUGGGAGUCAAGAAAAGGAAUGCUUCAUCGGUGUCGAGGUUCGGAGAUCGCGUGUGUAUCAGCUGGCACACGCGGCGUCGCGCGGUCGGGCUCACUUCUACUCGACAAGGCUGUAUUGUUAGCGCUCGAGGACGGAUCGAGGCGCCGAAACACAAACUAUCCUCAACGCGAACACGAAACAUCAAUAGUACACGAAACACCAAUAGUUAUUAAAUUAUUUUAUUGUUAAGAUUCCCCGGCCCGCCCGGCCCGGCAGCCCUCGAUCUGUCCGUCGCCUCACUUCUGACUGCAGUGCGAGUGGCCGGUGUGUUUGUAUAUUUAGUUGACGGUCCGCGGAUCCGUCGCCUCGUUUACUAUGAUUGAUCUCAAAGUGUUAAUCGAUCCUAAUGAUUUUUAUGUCUCUAAGUGGUUCCUGGAUCAUUUUUUGAAUAAUUACUUUAAUGUGUAUAAUAUAUGCUGGACGCUUUUUGCGCGUUUAUGUAGUAUCGAGUAGGCUUUUAAAAUUUUAUGUAAGUGGUUUUUGUAAACGUUCUCUUACGGUUAUGUUUAAUGUAAUUUAUUAGAGUAUUCGAUAUGAAACCUCGUAUUUAAACGGAAUUAUCUAUGUCAUUGAAUAUAUAGAUUGAAUUAAAUGGUAAUACAUCGGCUAGGAUGCGAGGAAUUGUCAUAUAAUUGAAGUUAAUAUGUGUGUGGUUAGUUACUGAAUAAAGUAGUUAUUGCAGUAAUUUUUACAUACGUGAUUAGUACUGUAAUCGAACGCAAUAAAUGAACGUGUUUAACAUAGUUUUGUACACGCGCUGUUUUCAAAAUCAACGAGUCAUAAGUGUAUACUGUAUAGUGUAUGUGUAAUGUGAACUUGUAGAAAGCUAUGUUACAACAUGAUGUAGGUGGUUCGAGUGAUUUAAUCAGUUAAUGAAAUUGUUGGUGUUGUAUAUAGAUGAGUUACGAUCCCACCAUAAAUAUAAUAUCUAAGUACUAAAUUUUAAGUGGCGUCGCCGUCGGACCCAUGUUUGAUUUUAAUGUCAUUUAGCUGUUAACUUAAAGCCUAUUGUGAUUGUCAUUAUUUCUAUUAUUUUAAACACUUAUUGAUGUUAUAGUUGCCAUUUUUCACUAAUUUUAAACUGCGUGUAGCCCCUAAAAAUUAAUGUUAGAUAUAUAGUCAGUUGUGAGUAUAUCUGUCGAUGCAGGGGCUUUUCAUUUUAAUUUCUACUUCUUCGAGUCCUGUUUUUGGUUUUUUAGGCAAGAGUGCCGAGUGGAUUUUUAUUUUUUAUGCACACCAUAAUAUUUCUACUGAGCUUUUGUAUGCCGCUGUGAUUCGUUUUUAUUCCUCGACGUGUUUUCGAAUCCCAUUAUGAUCAUAAUCCAUCCCAAUUUUGCUCACUUCUAAUGAUGAUUAUUCAUUUUCAUAACCCUAUUUCUUGAAUGAAUUGUUUAGUAAAAACAUAUUUUCUUACUCUCUAAUGUAACAAUGAAUGUACCAAUUUCAACAUAUUAUAAUUACUAUUCAGUGUAUAAAUAGUAAUAUACUGUGGCCAAUAAAUUUAAUGAUAUUUAUAUUACAAUUUUAUACCCAUUUCAUUUACAUAGCUGACAGCUGUUGUCUAGUAAUAUGAUAGUUACAAAACAAUUGUCAGAAAUAAAAACUGUGAUUUUUCGAAAUUGUCAAUAAGUUGAGCAAAUAAAUGAUUUAAUGUAAUAUAAUGCUA